UCUCUCUUAGGGAGAACCAGCAGGAAUAUAAAGUAGCCUUCCAAUCUCUCUGGACUGCUUGUUGGUGGGAACUGAGGAACCUUUUUCUCCCUGAGAGUACUGAGUCUUGCUGAGUACCUGGCCCCGUAGAAAAAAUGAGUGAUAUACUGGAAGACGGCUCUUUCAUGUUCACGUCGGAGUCCGUAGGAGAGGGACAUCCAGACAAGAUAUGUGACCAGAUCAGUGAUGCUGUGUUGGACGCUCACUUGAGACAGGACCCCGAUGCCAAAGUGGCCUGUGAGACGGUGUGUAAGACUGGCAUGGUGUUGCUCUGUGGUGAGAUCACGUCGCGGGCCAACGUGGACUACCAGAAGGUGGUGAGGGACACCAUCAAACACAUCGGCUACGAUAACUCUGACAAAGGUUUUGACUACAAGACGUGUAAUGUGCUGGUGGCUCUGGAGCAGCAGAGUCCGGACAUCGCUCAGGGAGUCCAUGUUGACAGACAGGAGGAGGACAUUGGUGCAGGAGACCAGGGUCUGAUGUUCGGCUACGCCACAGAUGAGACAGAGGAGUGCAUGCCUCUCACCAUCGUCUUAGCCCACAAACUCAACGCAAAAAUGGCUGAACUCAGACGCACCGGCAACAUCCCCUGGCUGCGUCCCGACUCUAAAACACAGGUGACAGUACAUUAUGACCAAAAGGACGGAGCUGUGAUCCCCAAGAGAGUUCACACCAUCGUGAUCUCUGUCCAGCAUGAUGACUGCAUCUCUCUGGAGGAACAGAAGAUGGUCCUCAAGGAGAAGGUGAUUAAAACCGUGGUUCCUGCUAAAUAUUUGGAUGACAAGACCAUCUACCACCUCCAGCCAAGUGGUCGCUUUGUCAUUGGAGGACCCCAGGGUGAUGCUGGUGUGACAGGCAGGAAGAUCAUUGUAGACACAUACGGAGGGUGGGGAGCUCACGGGGGCGGUGCUUUCUCUGGCAAAGACUUCUCAAAGGUGGACCGCUCAGCUGCUUACGCUGCUCGCUGGGUGGCCAAGUCUCUGGUCAAAGCAAAACUUUGCAGGAGAGUUCUGGUUCAGGUGUCUUAUGCUAUCGGAGUAGCCCAACCUCUGUCUAUCUCUGUGUUCACUUAUGGUUCCUCCCAGAGAACAGAGUCAGAGCUGCUCCACAUUGUUAACAAGAACUUUGAUCUGCGGCCAGGAGUCAUUGUCAGGGAACUGAACCUGAAGAGGCCGAUCUACCAGGAGACAGCCUCUUAUGGCCACUUUGGUCGCUCAGAGUUUUCUUGGGAGGUCCCCAAAAAGCUUGUCUUCUAAAUAUCCACCUGCUUGUCCUGAUCGACUCACCUGGAGGCUGAACAAGAUGCCUUUUCAUGGGCUACAACUGCCUGAUUGGACAUUGUUUUAAUAGGAAGAACUAAAGCCAAAGUUAGGUAUAAGUCAGCUUUAAAGAGGGGAGAAGAUAAUUAUAUGACAUAUAAUGGGACACUCUCCCAAUGAGGACAUGUGAGUAACCAAUCCUUUCCCUCCUGUCCUUUUCUAACCCACAACACAUCCAAUUAUUGGUGCUUUAGAAAUAUACAUACAAUCACUUGAUAACUUACAAUGAAGGAACACCACAGCAAAUAAAAUACUCUCAAGAUAAAUACUUCUACCCCACUAGAAGCAAUAGUGUUUUACCUCAAAAAGCUGUGAAUGUUGCUUUAUGUGACCAGGAUAACGUACAGAGACAACCUCAGUACUUCAUUUACAAAAUCAACAACAGCAAGCAUUUCAUCAGUGACUAUCGUAUCAAAGUGUAAUUAUUGGUCAACCAAAGGCUUGGCUUUAGAAAAAAAAAUGAAUCUUUUUGCCAUGACUGUAAAAUUCUUUUUCUAAGUCUCAUUAUGUAGUGUGUGCAACGGGAAGCUGUUUGCUCCGUUACGAUCACCACUGUACAAGAAGAGAGGUCAUCUCUUAUCUCUUAGACUCAUACUGCUCUUCUUUUCUGUCAUACUUUCAGCCCUGUUUUAUUCUAAUAUCAAUAUCACUUUUAUUGCAGCUCAACUGGUGGCUGAUUUGUAUCUUUAUCUUUUUUUUUUUUUUAUCUUUUUAAAGUCUUUUUUUUGUUUUGUUUUUUUAUCCUUCAGGGCAGGCCUGCUGCUGUGACUGGGUCUGUGAAUGUGUCUCUUUUUAGCAAAUAACUAAAAUUCUUUCGUAACUCUGACUUGAUCUCUUCUGUCUUUGUAGUGAAUUACCAAGCUGCAAGCUGUUGAGACUAAAGUAUUUAGUAGACUACUGAUGCAUUUUUCCACUUUUAUAAGCCUAUGCUAAUCCACGUUAAUAUCUGACUGAAUACUUCUCCUCUUAUUUUAUACAGCCUGCUUCUUCUAUAUCAUUUAGAUAUUUUGCUUAAGUUUGCUCUAUCUAAACACAUCUGUUGUCUCCUUACACUGCAGCUCUACAUUACAGCAGAGAUCCUUCUCCAUGUAUUUCGAGGGAAAAAGGGAGUGUUUAUUAAAAUAUUUUUCACAGGGCAUUUACAAAAAAUAAAUUUAAGUCAGCUUUCCCCAUUGCUUAACACAAAUUAUUUGAUCUUAUUUCCUUCUGAAACACUUCUGAUGGGUGUGAGGAAGUGUAAACAGUACUCGCCUCAAAACGUCAUGUGGUGAGCGUAACGAGCUGUGUCAUCUACAGCCCGCAUUGUUUUUGUAAGGGGGGGUUUUCCUCUAUUUAAUGUGUUGAUCUGGGUCAUCUUCUGUCAACUUUGUUGGCAAGAGAAACUGGACAAUGUAAAUAAUUAAACAAUAAAGAAAAUUAAAGAUA